AUGGUAAGAGACUGCCAUUCAGAGGUGAAAGCCAAUAGCAUACACUGGUGGUUUACUAUUUGUGUUUUUAUUUUCAGCGGCCAAUGCGUAUUUUUGUGAAUGAUGACCGCCAUGUUAUGGCAAAACACUCUGCAGUUUAUCCAACGCAAGAGGAGCUGACAGCAGUACAGAACAUGGUCUCUCACACUGAACGUGCUCUCAAGGCUGUAUCUGACUGGAUUAAUGAACAAGAGAAAGGUAGCGGAGAUCAGCCAGAACCUGAGACCAUGGAGACUGUAGCUGAAGAAGAGAACAAAGAAGGAAGGUAAGUAACAUUUCUGCUCAUCAGUCAGCUGCUAAAUACUUAAGUAGAAAUCAAAGGGCACAAUUGCAAGCAGCCAUCUCUACGUCUAAAGGCAAAUCUCCAGUUGCCACAGUAGGUGAAACAGUAAGCAUGAUUUUGUUCCUGUUGUCCAUAGUUUUGGUUGUUUCAUUUACCACAGAGAGAGGAGAAGUUGUGGUCAUCCGUAUGUUGUUGGAUUCCAGCUCCUAUCACUCCUAACUACUGGCCAUGCUUCCUGAGACUGUUGCAAAUUCAGGUCCAACACCAUCUGGAGGACUACAAGUUCUCCAUCCCUGAUUAAGCUGAUAGAACAGUCACAAACAUUUUAGAACAUUUCAUCAACUCAGUUAAUUGCUGCUGGAGGAUUUGCCACUACCACAGAAUCUCUUACUGUGCAGUGCUAUACACAUCUACUCAGAAAUGUGUCAUUUAGGCCAGUUGGGCUUAUUCCCAGCUAAGAGUAUAAGAUUGCAGCCCAACUACAUUACCACAUACAUAUGUGUGAGUAGUGUUUUCUUGAAUCUUGGGUUGAAGUCUUCCUGGAACUAAAAAGUGUCACGUUUUUUCACUAGAUUUCCCUAUAAAUACAGUAUAGGUUGGGUAUGUGUUGUCAAGGAGAAAACAUGGUUUGGAUAUGAUACCCCUUUGCAUUUCUUGGGGUUCUACUAGUACAGCAUAAAUUUAAACAUCAAAAAAGUGGAUUUUUUUUCUGAAAAUGUUUGAGUUGGAAACUUCUGAUGCAUUAUGUAGGUUGGGAUCUCAUUUUGCAUCUUUGACUUUUAUUUUUAGUAAGCAAUCUAGAAAUCUGCUAUGCUAAUUUUAUCUGUUGUAUAACUAUCAAAGAAUUUUCAAAUAGCCAAAAAUAUUUGAAAUUAAAUACUUUGACAAGGAAAGGGGGAGAAAUCAUGAUUAAUGCGUUGUAAAUAUAUUUAGGGAUGUGGCAACACAACCACAUAUGCCUCCUUAUAGUGUUUAAAUUCUAAAAGGUAAUAAAGGUGCUGAAAACUUCAUAUGCUAAUUUUUGCACACUAAAGAGCUAUGUAUGUCUAUAAUAUAUGCACACAGACAUACUAGGGUUAGUCACCCAAAAAAAGGUUCAGGUAAGUUUCCCCAGAAAAAGUCAUUCCGCAUGUGCAGUUUUUUAGAUGCUUCAAUUAGUAAAGUACUAAAUGGAUAAUAUAUACUAGUUGAACCAAGCAGAAGAAGUCUAUCCAUUUUAGUGUAUUUAGUAAUUUAAAUAUUUAGUGUAUUUAUUUAGAUGCAACCUAUUGAAACAAUGUGUUGCAUCCAAUUAAAUCAUUGUGUGUGGGAUGACUUAUGCGGGCACAAUGGAGCUUCUCGUGCUGUGCAGCUACCCACCUCCGCCUUGAUGUGGGGGUUCCUCUGGGGAAGAUAGGUGAAUGCAGGGGGAGUACAAUUUCCAUUGUGCUCACAGAAGUCAUUCCAUUUGCAUAGUGGUUUAGUUUAAAAUGGCAUUGUAUUUUUAUUUUUAAACUGAAAAUUCCAUGAAAAAAUAAAGCUGUAGAAUGUAUAUAGAAUUUUCCUCCCUACAUCACAACCUCAGGGCUGAUUUCUUGGUGGGUAAUGAGUAGGGCUGGGAGAAGGCAUUCUUGAAGUUGCUGCACCAUAGUGGAUAAGAGACUGAAUUACAGAUCAGGACAUUGCUGGGUCAAAUCUUGCCUUUGCCAUGAACUCACUAAGUAGCUUUGGGAAGUCAUUCUCUCUCAGCCUCUCCAAAUACUCUUUAGCCAAACAGUGCUUAACAGAUAUUCCAUGUAUCUGGAAUGGAACAGCAUCCAAAGGUGUCUAAUUAUUUUUUUUCCAGUUGGGGGGAAAAGUUUCAACUUAAGAGCAUUGAACAAAAUAAAAGGAAGAUUAUCAUUGUUGCUUGGUAACAGUAUGUAGACCUCUGCAUUUUAAUGCAAAGGUGGUAGAAACAUUUGAGGAACACAUCACAGGAUUAGAUUAAUUGCAAACUAAAAUAUUCAGUUAAAUGUUCUCUGUUUAAUAGUUCUGCACUAUAACCGUUACACAGGCUGCACUUCUGUCUGUUCACUAAACUAAGGAUACACAGUUCAUUGGUACCCAGUGGUCUAGACUCCAGGACACUGGUGCGCUCUCCAUGCUGUCGUCUAGGAGGGAAACACUUUAGAAGAAGGUCUUUGCUCAGGGCUGGAUUAGGAGGUAUCUCCCAGUGCCUUUCUCGACCAGUCUUUCAGCCAUGAGCUAUACUUGAGUUCCCAUCAUCUUCUGUUACCUGUAGUCCAGAUCAUCCAUUUUCAGGGGCCCAUAAGCACAUGAAGCCUUCAUAGUCACCUAGAAUUUAUGAUUGCUACCAGCCCUGUUGCAACCCUGAGAGGAAAGGAAUGGCAUCUUGCCGAACUUCAGAAACACUUAGGAGUGUUUCUAGAGCCCAGUGCAACUUUUCACUUGCCCACACACCAAGCUGGAGGGUGUAGGAUGCUUCACUCUGAUGAAUGUUUAAAAGGCUCAGACAGCAGCAAUGCAACUCUCUUCUCUGCCCACACCUCUGCCCUGUUUAGGAUGGUGGGGAAUCUCCUAGGCUUCAUGCUGAGCCUCAGAGGCUCUGGAAGCAGUUAUUUAUUGCAUUUACAUCCCACCCUUUCCCCCAAGGAGCUCAUUUAAUCUCCAUAGCAACACUGCAAGGUAGGUUAGGCCAAAAGGCAGUGACUGGCCCAAGGGCACCCAGUAGCUUUAUGGCUGAGUGGAGAUUUGAACUCUGGUCUCCCGGAUCCUAGUCUGACACUUACUUCAACACCACACUGGCUGUUAUGCCUCAUUGCUUCCUGACUUUUCUAAGACUCCAUAUUCCAUGGCAAGAAAGUACCCUUUCCAAUUUUUUUGGCUGAAGAAGAGGCCAUAUUCUAUUUGUAUUUUUUCCUUGAAAUUAAAAUUUUACUAAUACUGUAUUUUACCCCUGGCAGUUAGAUUGAAUACUUUGGGGAUUAAAAGACCUGUACAUGAUGAUAAACUAUUAGAAAUAAUGAGCUGAUAGAGAUGUAAUACCAGGUCAUGGUGUUUGUUCUACUUGAAUCAACAUUUAAAGUUAUUUGGGUCCCUCCAUGUAGUGCAAAACAGUUUGGUGGCUAUUUUGAAACAGCCCAGUGUUUCCAUUGUGUGCUGAAAGUUUGAUUUGAACAAAUACUUAGCACAAUAAAAGAGCAGUUUGUCAUUUCAUCAUUUUCUGUAAAGCUUCUUUUCAUCGUUUCUUAGUGAGCCGAAGACCACAGAGCACUUAACUCGGACACUUCGUGGAGUGAUGCGUGUUGGUCUUGUAGCAAAGGGGCUCUUGCUUAAGGGAGACUUGGAUCUUGAGUUGGUUUUGUUGUGCAAGGAGAAGCCUACUAUUGGUCUUUUGGAAAAAGUGGCAGAUAAUCUUGGAACCCAACUUGCUGUGAGUAUGAAAAAUAUGCAAUUUUUAAAAGUUUAUAAUUGCCACCGCUUAUCUUGUUUAUUUUUUACUUGUUUGUGCAACAAAUACAAUGUUAUCCUACUUUAUUGCGUUAUGGGGUUUCAUGCCAAAGAGUGCACAGAAUUUUUGCUGUUCUGCCAACUUGGGUACUCUAAUGUAAUGCAGUUUUGGAUAAAGUUACUUAAUCUGAGUAAAAAGCACCUAUUUACAUAUUUUUAGGUGCCAGGCAAAAACAUUCCUUUUCUCCAAGGCCUUUGGCUAAUUCAACAAUGUGUGGCUUUUAAAACUGAUGGGGGGUGUUAUAGUUUUUGUUUGUUACCAUGUAAUGUAUUUUUGUGGUUUUAUAUUGUAAACUGCCCUGUACUCCUUUCAUGAAGGGCAGUAUAGAAAUUUAAUAAAUAAUUAUAACAUCUAAAAUCAUGCAUUUUGCUAUCAUAUACUGUAGCAUUUUAAGUUCCCUUGUAAUCAAAGCAUUGCUGACAUGGGAUAAUUCCGGAGCGAACAUUUUAUGUAGUACAUUGAGCCUGCAAUCACUUGCAAACACAAACUUAUACGGGGUGGGGAGAAUAAAUAAAACCCACCGUUCCCCACUCUCCAUUUAUUCAUUUAUUUCUGCCCAACCCAUGCACCUAGUGGGUUUCUCUUGCAGCUCUGCUUUGGGAAGGAGCUGCCCGAGCCCAUGCUUCUCCUUCCCAAAGUUGAGCAAGUUUUGGCUAGGAGCUGCUAUGGCUCUCCCUUGUGCCUCCUUCCCAAAGCCCAGUGCCAUGCUUACUGGGCUCUGGAAGGUUGCAGGAGGGGGCUGGGAAGCUCCCAAGUGGCCCUGUGGCCUUCCCAGAGUCCAGUAAGCAGCCAUCCACCUUGCAGGUUGCCAUUCCAGGUGUUCCAUACUUUGCACUUUGUGCAAGGAGCUCUGGAACUGAACCUUCACAUAAGUGGUGGGCCCACUGUAAUUAGAUCUACCAAGUACUUGGCCUACCACUUGCCAGUUUUCUGUAUCCAGUUGCUGGCACCUCAUUUUGUAACUAGCCCUGUGGGUCUGUCCCUUCAGAACUUCCAGAACAUUACAAAUUAAGCUGGUGAACAUUUCUCAGCACUUGGUAGCUCAUCUGCAUUUGCUACCACUGGCUUAUUUGAGAAACUAGUUAGAUACCAUAGUAUGAUUUCAUUAUCAAUAUUUCCUCUUUUGAAAUCUUUUUUACUAGUCUGAUAUUUGAAUGGGCUAGAUAAACUCAUUGCUCAGACAAAAUAGGAAGUUUUAGUUGAACCUUCAUAAGAGGAAAUGUUGUAGUGUUGAAAGGGGUUUUCUGCCUGAAGAACCUUUCCAGUCAUUGUGCAAGGUGGGGGUGGAGAGAUACGUGUGAUGGGCAGGGAGAUGUGGUGGAUUCCAUAUCUUGGGCAGCUUGCUCAAGGAGCAUUUGGGCUCCUGAAGUGAAUUUCCUUAUGUUGCUCUUAGCUAUACCAACUACGCCAAAAUCAGACAUAGUUGCCCCAAAGCUCUAAGUUGGAUGUUGGCACUGCAGAAAGGGAGAGACUCUGAUAAAAGUCUAAGGCAUUUCUUUGUGUUUCAGGCUAUUACUGAAGAUAAAUAUGAAAUUAUCCAAUCUAUCAGUGAUGCUGCAAUUAUCAUUAAGAAUACAAAAGAGCCUCCACUGACACUUACCAUCCACUUGACAUCCCCUGUUGUCAGAGAAGAAAUGGAAAAAAUGUUAGCUGGAGGUAUGGAGGACUGAAAACUGCUAGCAGCCGCAGAAUAAGUUUCCAGACUGACUUCAUUGUUCACUGUGGUGUUCUGUUUUUGAUUAGGCAGAGCAAUUUCAUGCAAAUCAACUUUGUGUCACAAUGCUACACAGUGUCAUGGUUAUGAACAACUGGAUUAUAGGCUUCUAGAAUCUGAGUACCACCUUCCAAAUUAAAUCACUUUUUAAAAUGUUUGGGCCUUUUUGUAUGGCCUUGUACAAGUACAUUAACUCACUGGUAUAACUUUUUUCAUCAGACCUUAAUGAUGGAUACAGACGUUAUAAAUGUAAACUAAAACCUCUUAAGAUGAAGUCUUAGUUUAAAUGACUUCUGCAUGUUCAUGAAAUUGGAUAUGUUACAUAAAAGCAGUUUGUGUUGCAGCAAAAAUGAUAGUUGCUUUUUGUAUUUUUGAUCGUUUUGGGGUUUCAGCCUGUUCAGCUGAAUUCAAGAAUGUAAUGCAGAGUUUUGGAUAAAGUUACUCCAUCCUUCAUCUUACUUAUACAUCUAUGGGUCUGAGUGACAAGCAUGUAUAUAAUAACUCAGCCUGAUUAUUUGCAGCUGAGUUUAAAGGAGGCAGUCCACACAAAGUAUUUGAGGUGAUAUCAAAUGCUACAAAAUACCUAUCCGGUGUUUGUGUGAUAGCUGUCUUCAUACAUGCACAUCACUUGAUCGUACAGAGAUGAGCUUGGAUGUGUGAAUUCACCCUUAAUAUUAAAAGCAAUCUUCACAUUUGAAUAAAUCUAGAAUGGUUUUUUCAGUAGCCAGGUGAACACAAUGCUUAAAGGGUCUCACAUUUCAAAUGACUGAACUAGCCUUAUCUAAAACCCUGGCUUCUUCCUAUGUUCAGUUUUGCUGCAGCACAGACUGGAUAGUAAUUUUGUUCGCUACUGAUUGUUUUAUGGUUCUGAUAUCUGACCACAUCUACCAAGCCUUCUAGUUUGUCGAUUUUAGGGACGCUGGACCUUUGACCAACAGGACGCACUCUGUCAUGGGCUGGGGCCAGGGCAGUCGAGCCUUGUGGGCGGAGGGGGUUCCCAUCUAGAAAAGCAUUUAGCUAUGUACCUCUACGGAUAUAGAGUGGGGAUAUAAUUUUAACCUUCCAUUCUGUUGGUUAGCAUAGUUCUAUACCUUUUUGUAACCUGGUUAAAAUAGUUUAGGAUUUCUGUCCUUCCCUGUAGGGUUUCCUUUCCUUUUGUAAGAGUGAGUUAGUGCCUCACAUUGUUCUCCUUAUGUAGUUGUUAGUUCAUAAGGGUGACAAAGUAAAGUGUAUUGAGGCUAUACUUUCAGGUACAGGGCUGUAGAUCAGAGUUCUGGGAGCCUCAGCUGCCCUUUAGGAAACUGCCUCAUCCCCUCUCCACCCGACAGAACCCCCUUGGUCAAACUGUACCUUGUCUUCUUAUUCCACCCACGAAUAGAAACGCUAUCAGUCAACGACUCACCGGACGUUCUGGACAGGCAGAAAUGCCUUGCUGCCUUGGCGUCACUCCGACACGCCAAGUGGUUCCAGGUUUGCAUUUUGUUCUUAUAUUUGUCUUUAAGUAGAAAACUUGUAAGUUGUAAUUGUCUAACUUCAUUAAAAUGUUUUAAAUCUGGGCUGUAGAUGUGCAGAACUUAGCAUCUGUUAAAUGCACAGUUGCUAAAGAAGCACUUGAAUGAAUUUAGUUUUUCAGAGAAGGAAUGGAGUAGAUUUCAUUGCUGCUGCUUUGUGUUAAGAGUAAGUUUUCAUACACAGUAAUUAAACUAAAGAAAUAAAGCUAUGGAGAUGUAUACAUAGUUUACCCUUGACAAAGUAGCACUACAAGAAAUUUAUAUUUUGUCUCAAUUUGGUCCUGGUAUGCAGUAUAUUACUGAACCUGUGUUGCUUAUUACUUUAUUCUAGGCCAGGGCAAAUGGCUUGAAAUCAUGUGUCAUAGUCAUCAGAGUGCUGAGAGAUCUGUGUACCCGUGUGCCUACUUGGGCUCCACUUAGAGGAUGGGUAAUCUUUCAAGUUAUUUCUUUUUUAAUAUGCAAAUGUAUGUGAGAAAAAGCAGGUGCUUUUUAUAUCCUAUGGAGAGGAAGGCAGUUCUCAUUUUACUAUGAAAAUGUGAAAAAUUUGGAUAAUUUUUAAGAAAAGCGUAAUCUUUGUAAGACUGCCUAGGUUGUUAAAUGAGACUGAUUGUAUGUGACCAAAGGUUCUAGUGUAAGGUGGGCUUUUAGGGAUUGUGGAAGCCUGACAGUUCUAAAAUGCUUGCCAAAAGUCUGCUUUGGUUUAUAGCUAGAGUAUCCUCAUGGCAUAGGCUCAUCAGGUUGUUGAGGCUCAAAAUUGACUUGUUCUGUGCUUUUAGAAUAGGAGUGGUCUGCAAGCUGCAUUCGGAUGGUUCAGGGCAGAUCUCUGGAUUGUGGUUGAAAACAAGAGCCAGCAUAUCCAUCCUAUUAAGCAGUUAUAUUGAUUUCAAUUGUGUUUGUAUUUUAUUACUUAUUAUGCUGUAUUUUGUAAUGCAACUGGGUUCUAUGGAAUUCAAAUUAUAAUACAAUAAAAUAUUUAAGGAAUUAAAUAAUGAAAAUACAAUUAUAAAUAUUACAAUAUUUAACACAGUUGCUGCAAGAGGCAGAAAAAUCAUUAAGUAGUCCACCAAGAGUCUUAGCAAAUUUCAGGUAGCCUGGGGGAGAGAAUAGUUUUGAAAUCACUGCUUGGGAAUAAUACCUAUUUAGUGGCAUAUAAAUAAUUUGAAUGUGCAAUGAAUAUAUGCUAUUUUAGGAAGUUUCCAUUGUUUUUAUAGAUAUAAUGGUUGUGAACAUUGUCAUGAGCCAGUUUCUAGUUUAUUAUGGUAAGCUGUAAACAAGCAGUGAGCUAGUGCAUGCUGCCUGCUUACUUCCACUUCAAACCUCUCCUGGUGUGAGCAGGAUAUGUAUACCAGGAAGUUGUUAGUUUGAUUGUGACAACAAAGCAUAGUCACUGCCCAUCUUAAACCAUGCUUUGUUCACUUGCUUAUUGUGGCUUGUUAGAAUGCAAAAGGAAGCCAAGGGCCUCCUGGUGUGUUUAUCCCACUUGUACCAGAGGAGUGAUCAGACCACAUGCACCAGCACACAGAAUGUCUGGCCUAUGUGUCUAUGCAGCCAGUGAAUAUUUGAGAACGUGGUGAGGUUAUUCAGUCUUCAAUGCAGAUUGCCAUUCUAAUACCUCACAGGCAUUAUUAGACAGCCCCUCACACACAUUUCAGACCUUCAGUUAAGCUUAUGCCCAGGCAACAGCUAAAAGUGACUCUAGUCCAGGUUAGACGACCACACACCUUACAGCAGGCAUAGGCAAACUCUGGCCCUCCAGAUGUUUGGGGCGACAAUUCCCACCAUCCCUGACCACUGGUCCUGUUAGCUAGGGAUGAUGGGAAUUGUAGUCCCAAACAUCUGGAGGGCUGGUGUUUGCCUGUGCCUGCCUUACAGCAAUCCCCUACAACCAAACUUGGCCAACCUUCAUUGGAUUCCGCUUGAGCGGAAUAUAAAUGCAGGGCAAGUAAACUGCAAGUGUCUGUAUCAUUUAACGUGCAGAUCAUUCUUGCUUUCACCAAGAUGAACAGUGCAAAACCCCCCUUUUUUUAACAAUUACCAUUGACUUCAAACACUUAAAAUAUUAUGAGGUGAAUGCUUCAAUUCAAGUUGCUGGUGAGGUUAGGGAACUACAGUCUCUCUCUCCCUGCCCCCCCCCCCCCCGAAGCUGCAACAGAGAAGCCACUUCGAAGCAGAAGCAAUUAAUAUGUGAGGUAUGAGCAUUCUAUAUGUUAAAGCUAUAGAGAGCUUGUUAUUUCUCCUAUUUAUGUUGCGCUUAUUAAGUUUAAAAACUUUAUUCAUUCACUGAUUCCCAUUUUACAGAAAGGGCACUAACAUCCGCAUGUUAACUUUCCCAUUUAGUCAGUGAUAGGCAAGCUUGUACCAAGGUCUCGUAGAUCCAACACCCAAUUUUCUAGUCAUACAUGUGUCUCUAACUGAGUUAUUUAAUAGAUUAAUGGUUAAGGUAGGCCAGCAUCUGUACUAUGGGCACCGAUAACCGUCUACUAUUUUCCUUACAAAUUUCUGAAAUGUCUUUUCAGCCUCUAGAACUGCUGUGUGAGAAAUCAAUUGGAACAGCCAAUCGACCAAUGGGAGCCGGUGAGGCCCUGAGAAGAGUUCUUGAAUGCCUUGCAUCAGGAAUAGUCAUGCCAGGUUAGAUAGUUCUCAACUCUUGAGAAAUUUCAAUAGAAGUGACUGAAAUUGGCUCUAGUCAAGGUUUUGUGUUUCCACCAUGUUAGGCAUGACCAUAUUUUAUCUGUUUCUUUCACUUAAGGCUUGAUGUAUAGGGCAUGACAUUACCUUAAACAAAUGCUCUUAAAAUUAUGGACCCAGUAUUCCAACUCCCUUAAUGGGGAUGUGACAGAAUGUGCAGGUUGCUUUUGGAGUGCUUGAAGACUUUGGCAAUCUUGCCACACAGUGUUGGGCUUAAUGAUCUGUAUUGCAGACUAGAUCAAAUUAUUGCCCAUUGGAUCAAGAACUUCAAUUGAGCUACUUACAUUUCUGAGUCAUAGGUGAUGCUGAGGGAAUAUUUGAGUCUACGUAGAGACCCUAGGAUAAUUCUCUGCAUAUCUUCCUUGUUUCCUGCCUUCAGAUGGUUCUGGUAUUUAUGAUCCUUGUGAAAAAGAAGCCACUGAUGCUAUUGGGCAUCUAGACAGACAACAAAGGGAAGAUAUCACACAGAGUGCUCAGGUAUAGUUUUGAUUACAGAUGUUACAAAACCGCAAUGAGUUCUUAAUGAUAGCUAGUUUUCCCAAUGAGGCUGGCUUUAAUCGGAAACAGAAAAAGGGUCCCAUUAAGUAAUGCAGGAGGUUUUUGCUGAUUUGCCAAAAAUAAGAUGUCAGGUUUUUAAAACUUAACAGUAAGUUCCAGAGUGCUUGCUGGCUUUGGUCUUCAGAAAUUUCUGGCUUGAAAUACUGGGAAUGGGUUUUGUUAUGAAUGUGGGAAAAGCUAGGAGCAGUUUGGACACCUCAGUAAUACACAUUCUAUCUCUCUAGCAUGCGUUAAGGCUUGCUGCUUUUGGCCAACUUCAUAAAGUUUUGGGGAUGGAUCCGUUGCCAUCAAAGAUGCCCAAGAAACCAAAAAAUGAAAACCCAGUUGAUUACACUGGUAGGUUUCAGUAGUCUGGAAUUUUAUUUCUGACAGAAAAUAUGUUGGUGUUUUUAUUGACAAUCUAAAAUCUGUCUACAGUCCAGAUUCCCCCUAGCACCACAUAUGCCAUUGCUCCGUUGAAACGUCCUAUGGAAGAAGACGGAGAGGAGAAGUCUCCAAGCAAAAAGAAAAAGAAGAUUCAGAAAAAAGGUAUUGAGUUGGCAAGAGGUAGGUAUACAUAGUUUUCCAAGUGCUUGCUAAUCCAGAUGUUUCGGAUUCAUGUUGAUGUGUAAAUGUCAGUGAAUGGUAGGAUGUAGAAAAAAUGUCGAGUUGUUCUUCUGCUUUGGCUGAUUUGUUUGAUAGCUAUAAACUUAACACCGUGCACUUCGUAGAGCACAAAAGACAUUAAUGUGGGGUCUUCAGUCAAUAUGUUAAUAUCUUCUUUUGUUCAGAGGAGAAAUCAGAACCACCGCAAGCUAUGAAUGCACUGAUGAAACUGAACCAACUGAAACCAGGACUUCAGUAUAAACUAGUGUCUCAGACAGGUCCAGUUCAUGCGCCUAUAUUUACCAUGUCUGUGGAAGUAGAUGGCAUCACAUAUGAAGCUUCAGGACCUUCCAAAAAAACAGCCAAGCUGCAUGUAGCUGUAAAGGUAGGAAGUGGUUAUGAAUAUGUGCGUAACUGUUAUUUGUAAGUCAGUACAUACAGUUUCGCUUUGAACGUAACUUGAAUUCCUUUCGUCUGGAAGGGGAUCUUGUGCCUUUGCCAGAAUACAUCCAUGUCAUUCAUUACAAACCAUGGUUAAGGAAGCUUAAACUAUGAUUUAGUCUUGUUUGUAUUGACAUACACAUAGUUUGCAAUUGACCAACAAGACAAAAUUGGAGAACCAUGAUUUGACACAGACAUGUAAUCAAGGUAGUUUGUGCUUUUAUGAUUUGCCAUGGUAUCAGUUGACUAUGAGGGUGCUUUACCUAGAAGCUGGCAGGGAUGAGCACAGGCCCAUGCAAAAGAGAGCUGGCAGCCAGGUAUACUUGCCCCAUGCUUUGGAGGGCUAAGCUGUCUGGGGGGCCUCUAGAAACCAACUCCUUUUCUCUUUUUUUAAUUUAUAGCUUUAUUUUAACAUGACUUCCAAACUGGGCAUCAGACAUGCUCUGCAGGGGCCUGGAUAAGCAAGCUCUAAAUCAUGUUACGUCCUGUGUUUGGAAGCUCAAGCUAUAGUUUGUGAAACUCUAGUUAGGUGUGGUUGCUGAAUGGCUUAAUGGAUGUUACUGAGUAUAUAACAGUAGUCUGAAGUUGUACAGAAGCUUCUAAAUUGAUCAGGAUAAAUUUUUUUCCUUAGGUGUUACAAGAUAUGGGAUUGCCUACGGGUGUAGAAGGAAGAGAGAGGGGUGAUGAAUCAGCAGAGGAAACAGAUCAGAAACCAGUAGCUAUAACUGCUCCGCCUGUAGUGGAGACUAUUUGUACACCCAGUGCUGCUUCUCCUUCAGAGCAAACAGAGGUAGGUGUACAUUACUUGUGCCUCUUUUAGGCUCUGGUCAUUGCUCUUCAGGCUAGAAUCCCUGUCACUCCAGAUCAAUGCCAAGUGCCUACUUCGUUUUAGAAACUCUUGUACAAUCAAUAACCACAAAAUGGUUAUGGAGGUGAUUCAAAUGAUACAAUUAUCUCUCAUAUAUAUAUAUAUAGCUUAACUAAAUCUGACAUUAUAGUUUUAAGUGUACUCUACUAAUCAAUUGUACGUAGUCGAUGAAGACAAAGUCAGUACAUUAUAGUUUCUGGUACACUUCUCACCAGCACCCAAGUGUCUCUUUUGAAAGUCUACUUUUUCCUCUACUACACAUUCACAAAGCCAAUGCCUUGUUCUAGUGGGCAAAUGCCACAUGGUUUGCUUCCCUGUGCUCAGCAUUUUGGCUUGCGGCUUUUCUGUAGUGGUUUAGCACAUACACACCCGUCCCCCCCAAUUAUUGAUCGACAUUUUUAAAAAGUGGAAAUGGCACCAAUGCAGUGGUAUUUUAAUUUCAUAGAAUGUGAAGCAGCAGGGACCAAUACUGACAAAGCAUGGGAAAAACCCAGUUAUGGAGCUAAAUGAGAAACGACGUGGCUUAAAAUAUGAGCUGAUCUCAGAAACUGGCGGCAGUCAUGAUAAGCGGUUUGUGAUGGAGGUGAGAUGAUCUGGUAUACAAAGCUGCAUUCAGAAUUACUAUUAGUUAAUGCUGUUACAACAUGGGAACGUGCAGUUCUCUCCCUGACACUUUUCCUUACUUCAAAGGUUGAGGUUGAUGGUCAGAAAUUCCAAGGAGCUGGUUCAAACAAAAAAGUGGCGAAAGCUUAUGCUGCACUGGCUGCGUUAGAAAAGCUUUUUCCAGAUGCCCCCCUUCCAAUGGAGCAAAAGAAGAAAAGGGCCCCUAUGCCAGCGCGAGGUGGACCCAAAUUUCCUGUAAAGGUAAAUUUUAACCCUAUAACUUGUGCUUUCAGGUAGAUUAAUAAUACUUACUCAAUCCCCUAGAGAGACUGUACUCUUAACAGACUAUUUGGCGGUUGAUUUGAAAAGCAUAGCUUGUGGCUACAGUUCUAGGAGCUGCUUAGCAAUGAAUUAUACAAAAUACUUAACAUAGCAAGAAUCAAAAAUAAGUUAGUUGACUUUCUGUUGGUUGGAUUUUUACUAAUUUCAACAGCAUAAUCCAGGCUAUGGUAUGGGAGGCCCUAUGCAUACUGAAGUGCCACCCCCUCCAAACAUGCGGGGUCGUGGUAGAGGAGGAAAUAUCCGAGGCCGCGGUCGAGGAAGAGGUGGAUUUGGUGGUGCUAAUCAUGGAGGAUAUAUGAAUGCUGGUGAGUUACUUCCUUUCUGUUCCAUACUUUAAAGUGUGAAAGCUAGCAUUAAUCAUCCUGCACAUGCUGCCUUUUCUGCUUCAUAGCAAGGGUGGGAGGCCUGUACCCCAACAGGUUUGGUUAAAUUCUAGUUCCCAUCAUUGGUCAUGUUGGCUGGAGCUGAUGGCCAUUGGGAGAUCAACAACAUCUAGAGGGGUACUUGCUCACCACCUCGGCAUUAUAACAUUGCAUAUAUAGUGUGUGUGUGUGUGUGUGUGUGUGUGAGAGAGAGAGAGAGAGAGAGAGAGAGCGCAGGACCAUUUAAUGGUUGCUGAACUCAGUGGUUCCGUGGAGUCCACUUUUUAUAUAUGUGCCUGAAUCUGAGCAUCAGUGUAAAUCCGUGGUGCAAACAUACCAAAUGGUCUACUUAAUUCGCUCCUUUUUUGCAAUAUUGUCAGGUGACUAAUAUAUACUUCAUUUUGUUCCAGGAGCUGGAUAUGGAAGCUAUGGCUACGGUGGCAAUUCUGCAACAGCAGGCUAUAGUAAGUGUUCAUGGAAAAAAUAAACACAACACCCUGGGGGUAGUGAAGCUCAGUUCUAUUUUACAUAGCGAAAUGAGGAAAAUCUGAUGUUGAAAGCAAAUCUCACUUGCUUUUAAAAUGAACUAAACAUUUCUCUGCUUUAUGCCAGUGAAGCAAAUCACCAUUCUGAAAAGCAUUUUCCCUAAAAAAAAUACAAUUUUAAAAUACACAGCUUGGUUUGUUUCGGGAGGGGGGGAAGACGGGAGCAGAGAAAUAAAAAUAAAUUUUAAAAAUGUGGCACAUUUUGCCAUCUUCCAAAAAUUCUAAUUUUUUUUCCUCUGCUCUGUCUCCCCCUUUUGUAGGUGACUUUUUCACAGACUGCUACGGCUAUCAUGAUUUUGGGUCUUCCUAGAUCAUCUAAAAGUAUUGCACAUAAAACAGCUUUUUACUCCAAUUUUCUCGAACUCCAAAACCCAAAGUGUUCGUGCUGUGUCCCUGUGCUUCACUGGGUUUCUCAACAGUGGCUUUUCACCGCAGCUUGUCUGAAACUGUUAGCCUACAAACAGUGGCAGUUUUUAUUGUGACUUGCCUUUGGUCAUAUUGAUGUACACUAUGGGGGAGCUAAAUUUCAAGGAAUGUGUUUGUGCGUUGGGCACAAAAAGAGCCAACUCUGUUCUGCUUACAAGCAAAAGGCCCCUGUUUGCUUUUUAUGGAAAGCAUCGCUUUAUUUUUAAGGAACAUGAUAAUGUGUGAACUACUUGAUUUAAUUUACAACAGAUUUUGUACAAAACUUAACCUUUUUGGUUCCCUGAAGUGGAUAGAUGCCUCUAAUAAUAAGGGAAAGACAUUUGAACAAUUCAGAAUCUAUGACAACUUAGUGUUUUAAGCAUGCAUGAUAUUGACUUGUAUGUGAAAUAGUAUGUGCUAAUUUUAAUAUCUGCAUCCUUUGUGCUUCUUGUAUUGGUAUAACAUCCAGGACCUACAGCCUCAGCUACAAUGGUUGGGUUGCGAUUCCUCUAAAAUUGAAUGGUUUCAUUAGUUGCAGUGGGCAUUUUUUGCAACUAAAGAUAAAAGGCCUAAAGCACUUUGCAAGUUGGUUCAAAUUCUUGUAGGGUAUGGCUACUUAUCUUUUUUGCAGUGCAUGUCCCCAAAAGCAGUGUAUGUAAUGUCCAGGAAAUGAAAGCUACUAAACACUGAAAAGGCACAGGGAAUAAACUAGUUGUUGAGGUUUUUAAUAAACAUGCUGUUUGGUCGUCUUUGCUUCAGUAGUUGAUUUAAAUGUGUGUAUCUUGAUCCCUGUCUAGGGAUUAAAAUUUCUAUACCACCUUUUAUCCAAAGAUCACAGGGGUGGUUUACAAUAUAAAAACACAAAAUUGCAUAACAUAGUAACAAACAAAAGCAAUACCCCCCCAUGCACACACAUUGUUAUUUAUUUGUUAAUGAAUUCUAAAUGAAAUCAUUACUAAAUAAGCAGUUUACAAAAUAGUUAACAUGGUAACUACAAGUAGUUGUGGUGAGGGAAUUGUUUUCCCCAAUGAAUUUUGUUGUUAAAUGUUCUUUUUUUAAAGAGAAACUGUGUUUUUCAUAGUUCUGAACUGAGGGAAAACUCACUUUAACACCCAUUGUGUUGUGGGUGUUCUGUGGGUGUUAGUGUGAAGAUGGUUUGGGGAGCCAAGACUUAUUUCCAGAAAUUAUUAUCCAAAUUUUUAUUUAAAACUAGUGGUGUUCCUUCCAGUAUACCAUGCUGUGCAGAUUGGCUGCAUGUGUCACCUUACUAGACAAUAGCCAUUCUUGUGCAGUUUUAACCAUAGGCUUAUAACACCUGUUGUGGGUCUGAAAGCUGGUGCCUUUGUUACUAAAGCAUAAUUUUAGAUCAUGGUAAAAAGGGGGUUCAAAUCUUAUGUGCUCAAAUUGUAUUUCAAAACAGGAUCUUUACAGACUUUAGAUGUACCCAAGUAACUCUGUGUCUUCUGCUAUUGUUUCCAGCUGUGAUCAUCACUUCCUUUUACACACCAGGGGAUAUUUUGCAGUCUGGUACAUGGGGAACUGAAAUCAUACCAGACUGCUUUGUUGGAUGUUCACUCCCAGCUAAAAGCAUCUGCCUGAGAUGGCUGAUGUAAUAAGUCUGACUUCAAGUCUAUAGAAUUCCAAAUUUUGAAUUGUCACUGCUACAGAAAAUGGGUUACUCUCAUGUCAAAUAUUGUGGGAGAGUGCAUAGCCCUUCCAGAGAGAGGUAUAAGGCUCCAGUCAAACCUAAGUAUCCCUUUAGGAAAGGGAGGACAUCUGGGGUAACGUGUCAGUUUGCUCCGGAUUUCUUCUAGGAUGCAGGGGAAGCUCGACACAAGUCAUGCUACACAGUCACAUUUUAGGCCCGUUUCUUCCUGAGCAUGUAGCAGUUUCAGAUAACUUGAACAAGUGUAGUGACUGCUUUUUGUCCUGUCCUUAGGUCAGUUCUACAGCAAUGGUGGCCAUUCCGGCAAUGCAGGAGGCGGUGGUGGAUCCGCAGGGUAUGGUUCCUACUACCAAGGUGGCGACUACAGCUCUCCUGCCCCUCCUAAACACGCUGGGAAGAAGCCACAGCAUGGAGGACAGCAAAAGCCCGCCUAUGGUUCAGGGUAUCAAGCCCAUCAAGGCCAACAACAGCAAUCGUAUAACCAGAACCAGUAUAGCAACUAUGGGCCACCGCCAGGCAAGCAGAAGGGAUAUAACCAAGGCAACUACGCUUCCUACUCGAAUUCCUACAACUCUCCUGGCGGCGGCGGUGGAGGAUCAGACUACAAUUACGAAAGUAAAUUCAGUGUGUUCCUCGUGGGGGGUGGGAGUUGUGAAAGCCCUUAAUACACUUUUAGCAUAAGCAUAUGUCUCGUACACUGCACAUCAGGGCUGUUAUCAUUAUGUAAGUCCCAGAGUGCAAGGACAGAGAUUGGAAUUGUAAAGGAAACAUGAUAGUUUAAGAACUGAUGUGAUUCUGUGUUACUUUGUAUGCUUAAGUAAAGUAGCUGUAUUUUAAAGACCCUUGUGGACAGGAGAUAUUCCAGUAACUGGGUUGAGAUGCAGAUCAGAGGAGAAUCUUUUAAAAGGCAGUGGAGUUGAGCUGCAGAGAUAAAUGAAGGCAUCUAAUAAUUUUGAGCAGGUGUGUUGGGAAACGUUCAUCAUGCAGCUAGUUUCGGUAUAGCCUCUCCACUGCUGCUGUGUUGCGAGAAACUAGGGGAGACAUCUAUGAUAAGAGCUGAUAAUCUCCCUGUGUAUUAUAUGGUGGUAUUAUAUGAAGUCAGCUUUCAUAUAUUUACAUCUGAUUUUGAAUGUUUCCAAAGUAGCCUGAUGUGAGACUUUCCUCAGUAUACAUUCUUAAUUCCAGGUUACGGUGGUGGUGGUGGUGGUGGACGUGGCGGUAGUGGCGCAAACAGUUAUGGCUCAGGAGCCGCCUAUAAUGCUGGUUCCCAUGGUGGCUAUGGGGGCGGAGCUGGAGGAGGGUCAUCUUACCAAGGUAAGCAAUGUCCGUAUAGAAUAACAGCAACCCUGAAGUGUUUGCAUGUUGAGUGGAAUAAGUUCUUUUGUUUGGUAAUCCACAAAUCUUGACUUUGCUAAUCAGCCAUCCAUUAUAUGUGAUCACUGCUAUUGCUCCCUCCCUCCCUCCCUUCCUUCCUUCAGUCAGUCCUCCGGAACAUGCAAUGAACAAAGGUGGAAGAGUGUCACUCUCACUUGAUUAGGCUUUAGUUUCAAGAAAGAUUAGCAGUGCAGGGAGGGGACUCCUGUUGCUGCUUUUCUUUUCCAAAAGCUGAUGGGAGUGCCUUUGUUACUAAAGCAUAAUUUUAGAUCACAUUAAAAAGGGAGGCGGUGAUAGACCAGAGCAGACAGAAGUGCAGCAGGGAAAGAUUAUUGUACCCCAAGUGCUCUUCAGUUACCAAACUUUGGGGAGGUGAUGUUCAUUCUGUCGUGGUGUGUUGCUUGCUGUGUAUGUGAUAGUUUAGACUAUAUAAGCAAAGUAGAGAUUUAUAAUGAUAUAUUAAAGUGACCCCUCUCCCUUUUCACCCUAGGAGGAUAUUCUCAGCCAAACUACAACUCCCCAGGUUCAAACCAGAAUUACAGUGGACCUCCCAAUUCCUACCAAGUCUCCCAAGCUGGUUAUGGCAGAAAUGACCACAGCAUGAACUAUCAGUAUAGAUAA